AUGGAUUACCCAACCAGUUACAAACUCCCUCCCGUAUUCAUCAACUCCCACGUAGGCGACUUUCUCCGCGGCGGAUUCGUCCACCAAAUCCAAGAGGCCUUGAACAGAAUCGAAGUCAACGCCUACGCUGAUGAGGAGCCGACUGGUGAAGAAUCAGAAGAUCUCACACAAGAGAGGAUCGAGAAGUCGAGGAUCGCGAUCGUAGUGUUCUCGAGUAGGUACACAGAAUCGAGAUGGUGCUUAGAGGAGCUUGUGAAGAUCAAGGAACGGAUGGAACAAGGCAAGCUCACGGUGAUUCCGAUCUUUUACAAGCUCGAAGGAGGCUCAGGUCUUAACUUGGAGAAUCCAGGUAUGCGUGAUUUUGAUCCUGAGAAGGUCAAGAUCUGGAACGAAGCUUUGGAUUCUGUUUCGUGCACGAUGGGAUAUCACUUGUAUAAGAGCAGUGAUGAGUCCAGGUUUAUCACUAACAUUGUCAAGGAGGUCAAGAGACUAUUGAUCCAGAUUCCAGUAGAAGAGUGCGUUAACGAGUCACAUGAUUCACUGAGUGAGCAGCAGAAAGACGCCUCUGUGGAUGGUGAGAGUGUCUUAGGUGAAGCAGAACUGAGUGGAGAAUCAAUAAAAGAUGAAGCAAACGAGAGAGUUGACUCAGUCAAUGAAGAAGUUAGCACAAGCUCUACCUUAGUGAGCUCAUACAAACCUCCCCCUGACCAUAAAGUGUUCAUUAAUUUCCUGGGAACUGACCUGCACGACGGUUUUGUCGGCCACAUCGUGGAAGCACUGGAAAAGGUUGGAUUCAACGUCUAUGUAGAUGAAGAGGAGCCGCAACCUGGUGAUCUUACAGAGCUUCUGUUCAAGAGGAUCGAGGAGUCGCGGGUUGCAGUCGUAAUCUUCUCAAGCAGGUACACUGAAUCAACGUGGUGUUUAGAUAAGCUGGUGAAGAUCAAAGAAUGCAUGGAUGAAGGGAAGCUCCUUAUAAUUCCAAUCUUCUACAAGGUGAAGCAAUUGCAGGUUAAGCAACUUGAGGGAAAUUUUGGUGUAAGGCUUUGGAAUUUGUGGAGGAUUCAUCGAGGGCACCAAAUCAUCAAGUGUAAGGAAGCUUUGGAGUAUGUUGGAGGCAUGAGGGGUUUCCCAUUUGAGGAGCUUCGUCUUGAGAGCGAGCUCAUAACUUCAAUCGUUCAGGAGGUCAUUGAUCACAUGAUCAAGAUUUCGGCACGGAAAAAUCCAUCUUUGUUUCAUUCUCCACAGAGGGGGGAAAGUACUCAGUUGCCCACAGGAGAAGAUGAAAACCAUGAUACUUAUCUCAAUGAGCAUCCCUUCUUUGGAAUCGACCUUCGAAUGCAGCAACUGGAGCAAAAGUUAGAGUUUGAUAACAACGAAACUCGAAUUAUUGGAGUUGUUGGGAUGCCCGGUGUUGGUAAAACCACUCUCGCAAUGAUGUUGCACGAAAAAUGGAAUCGAAACUUUGUACGGUGCAUGCCUCUUAUGGGUAUCCGUAAGAUGUUAAACGACCAUGAGCCAGCGUGGCUGCGGAAGACGCUCCUGGAAGUCCUACUCGAGGGGAAUUUUCCUGUGACAAAUAACGAGACAACACAUGAAUCUGUGAAGGAUAAACUGCUCCAGGCUAAAGUCUUUGUUAUUCUUGAUGACGUGAGUGAGAAGAAGCAGCUGGAUAUUCUCCUUGGAAAUCUAGACUGGAUCAAGAAGGGGAGCAAGAUUGUUAUCACAACGUGUGACAAGUCUUUGCUCGAGGGAUUCGCUAAUGAUACUUAUGUGGUCCCGCUAUUGAACGAUAAAGAGGCCUUUCAACUCUUUUGUUAUCAUGCCUUUGAUGAUAAAAUCAAUAGUCCCAGCGGGACAUUCCUGACUCUCUCAAGAGUAUAUGUGGAUUACGCCCGAGGGCACCCGCUGGCUCUCAUUUUACUGGCCAUUGAACUUCGUGGAAAGGAGGAGGCUUACUGGAAACAUAGACUGGAAAAAGUAACACAUAGUUACGAUACAAGUAUCUGGAGAUUCUCUACUGAUCAACUUAAUGAGCAGCAGAAAGAUGUGUUCGACAUUAUCUAUUUUUUCAUAUCAGGGGAUGAGUAUUUUAUUAGGUGCCUUCUGGGUUCAGAAGAUUCUGAUACUACUGAGCCCGUGAGUGUAUUAAAAGACCUCGCUGACAAGUUCCUGAUCACAAUCUCUGGUGGCCGAGUCGAGAUGAAUGACUUACUGUACAGGUUUGGCAAGGGUCUUGGUUCUCCUUGGCGGCGAAGGCUGUGGAAUUACAACGAUAUCUACAGCCCGAAAGAAAUUAAUACAGUGGAAGCUAAUAAUGUGAGAGGUGUUUUGUUAGACAUGUCCAAAGUAACAGGGAAGAUUGACUUGGAAAGUACGGCCUUCACCAAUAUGGACAAUCUUCGAUACUUGAAGGUAUUUGAUUCUAAUUGUCCUCGGCAAUGUAAAACUAAAUGCAAACUACACGUCCCAAAUGGGUUCAAAUUUCCCUUGAAAGGGGUUCGAUAUUUUCAUUGGGUGAAAUUCCCGUUGGAGGAACUUCCCCCAGAUUUCAGUCCAGGAACUCUUGUUGAUCUUAGGCUGCCGUACAGCAACAUCGAACAUGUUUGGAAAGAUGUUAAGGCCACACCACGAUUGAAAUGGGUAGAUCUACGCCACUCUAGUAAGUUGCUUGAUUUGUCAGCAUUGUCAAAAGCUGAGAACCUUCAAAGAUUAAUUUUGGAAGGCUGCACGAAUUUAAAGGAGUUACCUAGGAAGAUUCAAAAGAUGAAGUCUCUUGUUUUCCUGAACCUGAGAGGGUGCAUACGUCUUUCAUCUCUUCCCUUGAUGAAUUUAAUUUCUCUGAAAACUCUCAUCCUUAGUGACUGCACAAACCUCGAGGAAUUUCAGCCUAUCUCUGAAAGUCUAGAAGUUCUACAUUUGGAUGGCACUGCAAUCAAGGGACUUCCUCCAGCCAUCAAGAACCUUCAGAGACUUGUCUUAUUGAAUUUGAAGAACUGCAAAAUGUUGGAGUGUCUUCCCAACUGUCUCGGAGAGCUGAAAGCUCUUGAAGAGUUAAUACUUUCUGGUUGCUCAAGGCUCGAGAAUCUUUCAAAUGUAAAGGAAAGCAUGAAGCAUCUAUUAAGUUUACUUAUUGACAGUAUAGGAGCAAAAGAGAUGCCAAACAUAUGCCAAGCGUCUGCAGAUAUGGUCUUACAUUCUUUUGGCCCGAGCAGCUGGCCAUGUGUUGUUAGUGGAGUAUCCUUUCUGCAACGUUUAUGUUUAAGCGGAAAUGAUUUUGUCAGCCUGCAAAGUUACAUUGGGAAACUUUAUGAUCUGAAAUGGCUUGACGUGAAGGACUGCAAGAAGUUGCGAUCUCUUCCAAUGCUUCCACCAAAACUUCAGUACUUUGAUGCUCAUGGCUGUGAUUCACUAGAAAGUGUGGCAACUCCUCUGGUCCUUCCGGUUCUGACAGAGCAGACCAGUGUCAGAUUCAAUUUUUCCAACUGCAACAAGUUGGAUCAAGAUGCAAAGGAUAGUAUCAUAUCAUAUAUUCAGUGGAAAAGCCAGUUUCUGUUGGAUAGUACACUCUUUCGAUACAAUGGGGGUUUUGUUUUUGAAGCUUUAACUGGAACUUGCUUUCCAGGAUGGGAAGUACCCGCAUGGUUCAGUCAUCAAUCAUCUGGGCCGUUGUUAGAGAUAAAGCUUCGUCCACACUUGUGUGAUAACCGAUUUACUGGGAUAGCACUGUGCGCAGUUAUCCUGUUUCCAGGCCACCUUGGCCGGAGCAACCGUCUCGUAGUGACAUGUAAUUGUGUGUUCAAGUAUGAAGAUGGGUCUUGUAUCCGCUUUAGUUGCACUGUUGGCAGCUGGAACGAGCCAAGUAACACAGUGCUGAAGCUCGAGUCGUCUCAUGUAUUUAUUGGCUAUACCACUAUGUUGGAUAACAAAAAACAUGGUGGGAAGGAUAAUGAAGAAGGCUGUACUCUUACUGAUGCUUCCCUUGAGUUUCAAGUAACAGAUGGUACUGAGGAUGUGGUUGGUUGCAGGGUGCUGAAUUGUGGCUUUAGCUUGGUAUAUGCAUCCGAUGAAAGGGAAAAUACAUGUUCGGAUGCAAAGAGGAUUGAGAAAAUCCUUGGUGAAACCAAAACACUCGAAAAAUCCCCAAGCCAUGAUGAUAUCCAGAAUGAGUCUUCCUGUUUAACUUUGGGAACGGAGGAAAACUUCUUAACUGAAGUAGAAUCUGGUGCUAACCUAAGUUUACGGGAAAGUUUGGAAAACAAGAGAGCUGACACUUUAAGUGUAGAAAGUGGAGGAGAAAUUACACUGAGUUUUGAUCAUGAAAACACGUCUUCAGGAAAUUUAGAGAAGCCUGAAAUGAGUUAUUUUUGGAGUUAA